AUGGUUCCUGAAAGUCUUAAUUCAGUAACCUUAAUUACUAUUAGAAAGUUUUCAAGAAAAUGUUGGCGCUAUAUGGACCUUUAUAGGAAAGCUUUUAAUAAUAAUGUUUGGAAUAUUGAAGGCUUUGGUCAAAAUGAAGAGAUAAUUACAACCGAGUUUGCUGCUAAUUAUCAAACUGAAGAUUAUCAAACUGAAGAUUAUCAUGCAGUCUGUGAUGCAGACAAUGAUCAUGAUGAAGAUAAUGGUGACGAUAGUGAAAAAAAUGAUAAUAUAGAAGACAAUACUGAUGAUGGCAAAAAUACAAAAAGUUUAAGUGAACAUGAUGAAAGCGUUCGGUCACAAAAUAAUAAAAGUACAUUAUCCAGUGAAGACUUUUGUGGUGUAAAAUUUAUGACUAUUGUAACACAAUAUCACCUUUCGGAUGCAGCAGCUGAUUCUGUAUUACAUUUACUUAAAAAAUAUUGCAAUAAUCCGCUUUCUGAAUCUACUAGAAAAGGGAGAACAUUUAUGGAUAAUGUAAAUAUUAAAGGCUUACGCUUUAAAGAAAAAAGUCUUAUUACAUUUGAAGGGAAACUUUAUAAGCUGCAAUAUAGACCAAUUUUUGAUGCAAUCAAAAGUUUAGUUUCUAAUGCCGAUCUGAAUAAAGACUUUCUUUUUGAUUAUAACGAGACAAUGGGAACUUGGUCUUCAGAUUGGUGGCGUGAAAGACAGAUGCCAUUUAGCAAAAUUCUAGCUAUUAUGAUCUAUAUUGAUGAAACAACUCUUGAUACUCUUGGUCGAAAAUCUGAGUAUCCCAUUUUUUUAACACUUGGAAAUAUUCCAAAUUCACGCCGUAAUUCACCUGAUGCAAAGGUUCUCGUCAGAUUUCUACUACACUUGACCACUCGAGAUAGUAAAUUGCGAAAUUUAAAGGAGUUUAAACAAGUACAACGAGAUAUACAACAUCGUGCAUUAAAAUAUUUGCUAAGUCCCCUUCUUAAUGAAAAUGGCAUAUACUUGGCUAUAGAUGGAAAGGUUGAACACUUUACUGCUUAUUUGUCUACAGUACUUGCAGAUAUGUUAGAGGCACAAAGUAUAUGUUGUACAUAUAAAUCCUAUUGCACACGAUAUCCUUGUUACAAAUGUCUUACGUCUGGUAAGCAACUAAAUAAUAUGAAUAUUGAGCAAGAUUCAAUAAUUUUACGUAAUCAUGAUAAUAUGCAAGAAGCCGUUUUUUCUUAUGAUGCAAAGGAAUAUUCUAUUCAUGAAUAUGAUAAUUUUUUCUGGAAUUUUAAAAUAAUGAACAUAUAUGAUGCGACAGCAUUAGAUCAUAUGCACUUACAAGAGAUUGGUCUAUUUCUAUACAUACUUGAUUACACACGAGAUAUGCUCAAACUUCAGUGUGGGUAUCAACAGGGAGUGAAAUUCACAGGUGGUGAAAUGCGUGAUGUGAUGAAAAUCAUCAUGUUUGUACUUGACGAAUUGUAUGAUGAAAGUGAUUAUAUGAAGAACGUUAAUGAUAAUUCACUUUCUACUAUUUCAUGUAAAACACUUAUCAAAUGUUAUGUCAAAUUUAUUAAAAUGUAUAUUACAUCAAGAAAAAGACAAUUUAAUGAAGAUGAUUUAAAAAGGUUUAAAAAUGAAAUAAUCGAUUGGUCAAAUGAUUUUGUAAAUAUAUUUAAACAAUUUUCACCUAGUAACCUUCAAUUGCCAAAGCUUCAUAUGUGGAGAUACCAUACUAUUCACACUAUCAGACGGUAUGGUGCACUAAAUGGAUUAACUACCGAGACGUAUGAGACAUUACAUAAAAAUUGGGUUAAAACCCCAUAUAGAAUAUCCAAUAAAAAGGAUGAACAUACACUUGAUCAAAUGUUAAAAACGAUUCGACGUCAAAUAAUCACAAGUAUUACUAAAAAACCCUUAAAAUUAAGAUCAAAUUCUAUGAAAUCAUUACUUUGGAAACUGCAAAUUGGUGAAAUAUACGAUCUUCAACAAAAGCUUGAACAUGAUGAAAAUAUAGAUAAUCUGUGUAUUGAAGGAAUAAAGCAUCUAAUAAGUUGCUUAGAUGUAUAUUUAGAUGAUGUAUCUAAUGCAUCUGCAAGUGACAAUAUUUAUUUGAAAAUUUAUGCUAACGGAACAUUAGAAAAUGGCGAAAUCAUUUAUGCCGUUAGUAAAUUUCAUGGUUAUGCAAGAUUCAGUGAUGUUGCAAUCACUAUGGAUAAUAUUGAUUAUUUAACUGAUGAUGGAUUAUGUUACGGCAAGAUAUUAAUGUUGGUUGAAGUAUCACUUUUUCCUAAUCAUCCCCCCCUAUCUCUUGCUUUAAUACAUUGGUAUGAUUAUUAUUCUAAAAGAUUUCCUAUAAUGUAUGAAUAUCCUCAUAUGAAAUUUGUAAAUCAUUAUGAUUUAAUACCUUUUGAUUCUAUUGCGGGAUUAGCAUAUGUAGUAAAACGAUUUGAUUAUGAAAAUGAAUACUUUGAUUUAAAAAUAAGGAUCCUUAAAGAUUUUUUCUUAGAAAUCCUUAAAGAUCCAGUAAUUUAUAGAAUCCUUAAAGAUUUUUAUAAUUUGUCAAAAGAUUUUUAA